GUCUGCAGUGUUAACGUGAUAGAUGGUUAUUGGUUUCCACGGCUCUCGACAGAUUACGUAAAAUCACACUAGCUACUCAAUAUCGGGCCAACUUUACCCACGCUCUUUUUCCAUUUAUAAAAUUAUUCCUGUCCGUUUUUUAUUUCUUUUUUAACUCUACUACAUGUAAAUGCCGGUUGGCAAUAUGAAAGACAUUUAGUGAACUAAAUCACUUAAACUGCGGUUAAAGUAUGUCAUCAGUAAAACACACAUGUCCAUAAAAGUUUAGGCAGCGCACACCAACAGUGCUAAAUCAAAGGGUAUCACCACAUCCCUUUCCGCAGUUGAUAUUUGGCAACUGAUGAGAGAUGGUAUGGCUGUGAGUGACGUACAGAUGUCUCGUCUGCUGAAACUUGCGCACAAAUUUAAUUGCUUUUAUUUAACAGGUUUGCAUAAAGGAGACUGUCGUCCCUUUAUUGUUGAGGGACAUCAGGUGGGUCUGGUCAGGCCUGAUGUUAUGCAGCAUCUUCAUCACUAUCCUGAUGUAUUUCAUAUUCAGCCCGAUGCCAUCGAACUGAAUCCUGCCUUCAGAGAUUAUGGGGAACGGAGUGACAGAGUGGAAGCAGUACUGAAAGACUGUCGUGCAAACAAUAUAUUUAUCGCACUUAAAGGUUGGCGUGAAGAGUGUUAUGAAGUUUGUGCUGCAUAUGCAUCCAAAGCGCUUCUGAAGAUGGACCGUUCAGCCACGUGUUUAUUUGGAAUUCGUAACUACGGUGUUGACAUUAAUGGUUAUGUGAGGCAUCCAGAGAAGGGACUGUGCCUUUGGUUGCAGCAGCGCUCAGCAACAAAGCAAACAUGGCCUGGAAAGUGGGAUAAUAUGGUAGGUGGUGGCCUUUCUGUGGGUUAUACUAUAAUGGAAACUGCCAUAAAAGAAGCAGCAGAAGAAGCUUCAAUACCCCUGGAACUGAUGAAGAAUCUGAGGCCUGCUGGGUCUGUUUCGUUUUUCUUUGAAAGUGAAAGAGGGCUUUUCCCAAACACAGAAUUUGUCUUUGACCUGGAAUUGCCUUUGGAUUUCGUUCCUUUCAAUAGUGAUGGUGAAGUGCAAUGCUUUCAGCUACUCCCUGCAAUGGAUGUCCUUGAAAAAGUUUUCUCUCCAGACUUCAAAACAACAAGCUGCCCAGUAAUAGUUGAUUUUCUUAUUCGACAUGGCCUGGUUUCAAUUGAAAAUGAGCCAAACUUGCCUCAAGUUGUGGAACUGCUUCAUGUGCCACUUCAGACCAUCUACAGAUCAUGCCAGUACCAGCCUCCAGCUACAAAUGGUCAAGACAUUUCUGCAUAGCCUCCAGCUGUAGCAUAUGUAUUUCUUCUUCUACUUGUAUAAAAACUGGAGAUGUUAGAUGAAAGAGAAGUAGUAUUUUGCAAAAUAAAAUCACUUAACGAGUUUUACAAAUAUCUUGCUUACGUUAUUAAUCUGUAUGAUUUUGUACAUCAUAAUAGAAAAUGUAUUUUAUGUACAAAACCAAUUAUCAGUAUUAGGGAUGUUUUAGAACAUUGGGAGACUUUAUUUUUCUGGUGUUCAUUGUUCAGAAUUAUCAUUGUUCAUAUGAUUAUAAUCUUUACAUUUAUUGCAUGAUGUGGAAAAUAUGGAGAGCAUCUUUUGUACAGAAGCUAUUUAACUAAAAGAACAAGAGGAGCAAGUGCAGGAAAAGAUUAGUGCAAAUAAUUGAUUGUGAGAUGUAACACGUAUGUGACACAAAAGUGUCUCACAACACGUAACAGCCGUAAAAGUUAAUCAGCUUCAUUUCAUGGGUAAGAUUAGAGAAAAGUAGUUAACCUAAUGUCCAAGAAAUUAUUAAGUUAUGUGGCAUUAAUAACAUCUGAUGUGAAGCUCAAAAUUUGAUACCUUGAAUGACCAAGCUUGUUUUAUUUUUGAGAUUAAGAGAUGUUGUUUUUUAUAGUGCACAAAUAGUAUAGAACUAAAUAUAAGAAACCUUCAUAGUUUUUCACAUUUCAUGUGAUGGUAAACAAGAUAAUAAUGUAAUGUGAACUUCUAUUAGUAUAUGGAGUUUAUUGCAAAAGGAUGGAAGAUCAGGGACAAAAUCUCUAUCAUCUAGGUGAUAGAAUGCAUAUCGGCCUUUCCGUUCUAUGUUUGUAUGGUGAAGGAGAAAGGUGUUUAUUUUUGUGUAUGUGGUUUUAGAUGAAUUCCUCAUUGGACCAUAAAAAUAGCUGUUCUCAAUAAUUUUAUGAACAAUUAUGAAACUGUAGUCACAUGUCUGAUAAAUCAGUAUUAAUGGCCAAAUAAACAGAGGGGACAAUAAUAUUAAUUUUUGUUUAUGUGCAAAGUAUUAUGAUGUUUUGUUGUUAUUGUAAGUUAUGAGUAGGAUUAAGUCAGAAAGUUAUAUCAACAAAGCGUACAGUCACUGUCCAAUAUAAUACUUUCAUUAAAUGUCUCCUCUGCUGUUAUUGUACAGUGUUUUGUAGGCCUAAAAAGUACUUGCGAUGCUCCUCCUUGAUGUUUAAAACUGAUGAGUUCUUCAUGUGAAGAUGAUAUAAAACUUGUAUUCUUGUUCAUGUGUCUGCCAUUUUACACAUCCCCAUGAUGGUUCUCAUAUGUUCGUGACAGUUUCUACUUUCAGUCAAAAAAUCAUAAAGUCAGUUUUAAUAAAUCUCCAAGACCAACAUGAAUUUUUGAUGGUGUUGUGAACUACAUGUAUAUUGUACAUUUGCUGAGAGCAUUAACAGAUUUAUAUGUAAUGUAUGCAAACAAAGUUAUGUAAAUUAACUCAUUUGAACGGGCACAGGCAGAGUCUUCUUAUUUAUCAAAAAUUAUUCCACUGAUGCUUCUAAUAGAACUGCUGCCACACAACUGAUCAUAUGUAAUGAUAAAUAGUUCGUGAGGACAAAUUGCAAUUUGUGGCAUGGCAGGGAGAUGGAGUUAUGCAAUGAAAUUUGCUUUUUAUUAUGCUGAUGUCAAGUUUAUAUUCAUAAGGUUUUGUUUGUAUGACUUUUCAGAGUAUUUAGUUAUUAAUAUUCCUUUCAAAUAGACAAACUAAAAUACUGCAUGGUCAUACUUUUUUCUUCGUUUUGGAUGGUGUAUUUACAACAGAAAUCCAUCCAAAUUUAGUGAAGAUUUAUAAGGAGGUUGCACCUUCAUUUCAGCAGCUAAGAAAUGGGUUGCUAUCUUCAAACACAAUUGUGUUACUCUUGAAGGUGAUUGUUACGACUUAGGAAAAAGCUGAUGCCAUAGAUGUAUCAGAGAAAACAGUGUAACAGAUUCUAUGCCAAGAAUUAACAAUUAAAAAGCUUUAUGUAGUAGAGGUGUUGCAUUGUUGCAAUCAGAGGAAUGUAUGGAAGCUGGUGGUCUUGCACAAAAAAUGACAAAGUUGUAUUGAUGUGCCAGAAAGAUUAUGGCCAUUAUUUUCUGGGAUUCAAAAAUAAUCCUCUUAUUAUUAUGUGAGGGCCUAAGUAAUAAAUGGUGAACACUAAAAACUCUUUGGGACUAAUUAAAAGAAGAAGUCUCUGAGAAGAAACCAGCACUGCAAAAAGGAGAGAGAAAAUCUCCUUUCUUCAGGACAAUGCAAAUUUCAUUAAAUGGUUUUGGCAGUGCGAAAACUGUGGGAUUUGUUGGAAAAUUAAUACUACUCACUAACCUCUUCCACAUUAAAAAAUACUUAUUGUCAGAAAACUUUUUGAGAGCUAGGCCUAUAAAGAUUCUAUAGCAGUGAAUAUUGACAUUUUACAAAUCUAGCAGAAUCACACUGCAGUGAUGAAAUCUAUUCAGUAGAAAAAUUUUGGAACAAAAUACAUUGAUUUAACAUGGCAG